CAAAAUAUGACGUUAAAUGCACGGCGUUCAAUUGCGGAUUGUUCGCAUGGCAGUUUCUUCAAACGACUGAACUUGCUUGCUCAAAUUGCAGCUUUCAUUGUGUGAAUAAAAUAAAAAUAUAGGAAAUGCCUUCAUGAGUUUCAGAAGUCCAUAAAAAAAACUUAACCUCAAAAUAUGCUCCAAAGAAAAGGAUUCAAUACUGUUUAAGCUGAAUUAAAUAUUGGUGUGCAGGAUUAUAUAAGAGCACAUUUAUUUUAUUACAAAAAUUAUUUAUUAAAAUGAGAAGGAUUUCAACCCGAACUUUAAUGAAAGUCGCCGCCUAUGGCGCAGUAGUUGUUGUUGGCACUGGUUUAUACCUCCAAAAUUCUGUAAAACAGAAUAUCAGAAACACAGAAUUUUACAAAUCAGCAUUAAAAACAUUAAGAGCUCAUCCAGGAGCUAUCCAAUUCCUAGGUGAACCCAUUAAAGACAAUGGAUUUAAUUAUAGAGACACACAAAACAAUAAUUUUGAUGAUACAAAAGCUACAUUUGCUGUUAACGUUACCGGCUCAAAGGACAAAGGUGUAAUGUAUUUCUGGGCAGAUAAGUUAGAAAAUGAAUGGAAUGUUAAUCGAAUGGAGCUGGAACUGAAAAGCAGACCUAACGAAAGGCUAAAAAUUGUUGGAGAUUCUCAAACAUCAAAGUAGUCAUGAAUUAAAGGU